GCAGCUAGUAGCGACUCUGAACACCCAGGUGCUACUCUGAAUACCGGAUAAUUCGAAAGAGUCUCACUGAAAACUCUGUGUGGAACUCGAUUGUCCCUCGAAGACAAUGGACAACCUCCUCAGUCAGAUGCUCGGUGGUGGUGGUGGUGGUGCUUCAAGAGAGGUCGCCUUGGCGGAUAAUGGCGAAACAGUCCACAUUUCCUCCCUUGCUCUUUUGAAGAUGCUGAAACAUGGUCGAGCAGGUGUCCCGAUGGAAGUUAUGGGUCUCAUGUUGGGAGAAUUCGUAGAUGAGUACACUAUUUCAUGUGUGGACGUAUUUGCCAUGCCGCAAUCGGGAACGACGGUAACUGUCGAAUCGGUUGAUCAUGUAUUUCAAACGAAGAUGUUGGAUAUGUUAAAACAGACAGGAAGACCGGAAAUGGUAGUUGGAUGGUAUCACUCUCAUCCUGGGUUCGGUUGUUGGCUCUCUAGUGUAGAUAUCAACACCCAACAAUCAUUCGAACAACUCCAUCCCCGUGCAGUAGCAGUAGUCAUCGAUCCCAUCCAAUCAGUCCGAGGUAAAGUAGUCAUCGACGCAUUCCGAUCCAUCAACCCUAAAUCCGUUAUGGAGGGUCAAGAAUCAAGACAGACUACUUCCAACGUUGGACAUUUGAAUAAACCUAGUAUACAAGCUUUGAUACAUGGUCUGAAUCGACAUUAUUACAGCUUGGCUAUAGAUUAUAGAAAAACAGAGGCUGAACAGGGUAUGCUACUUAACCUUCAUAAACGUACAUGGACCGAGGGACUUCGAAUGCGUGAUUUCGACGAGAAAAGACAUGAUGAUGAGAAAGCCAUCAAAAAAAUGCUCUCCCUCGCUCAAGCUUACACCAAAUCUCUACAAGAAGAAGCUACCCUCACUCCUGAACAACUCAAAACGCGACAUGUAGGUAAACUCGACCCAAAGCGUCAUUUAGCAGAAGCCGUCGAGAAGACCAUGGGUGAUCAAGUGACUCAAAGUUUAGCCAUGGGUGUUUUGGCAGAAUUAUAA